CCUGAGGCAUUCCCAGGCCAGUUGAGAGACAUAGUCUCUCCAACGUGUCCUGGGUCUUCCUCGAGGCCUCCUGCACUUGGAUGUGCCUUCCUGAACUCCUCACCAGGGAGACGUGCGGAAGGCACCCUCACAAGAUGCCUGAGCCAUCUCAUUUGGAUCCUCUCAAUGCAGAGGACCAGCAGCUCUACUCCAAGCCUCUCCGAGAUAACAGUGCUUUUCACCUUAUCUCUAAGGGAGAGCCAGCCACCCUACGGAGAACACUCAUUGCACCUGUGAUCUUGUCCUUUUGAUCACUACCCAAAGGUCAUGACCAUAGGUGAGAGUAGGAACGUCGAUCAGCCGGUAAAUUGAGAGCUUUGCCUUACGGCUCAUCUCUCUCUUUACCAUGACCGACUGAUGCAGUGUCUGCAUCUUUGCAGACGCGAUCUCUGAAUUUUGUUGCUCAAAGUCUAGCCAUGAUUUUGGAAAAAAGUCUGUGUAAAAUUGUGAUUUUAGUAAACCCUACUGGCAACACAACACAUCAUUUUGUGUAUCUGCAGCUUUCAUGCUAAUGGGCUGUUUGUCCAUGCCUGCCUACGACGGUGUGUGUGGCUCCAAGAAACGCUAUUUGCGCUACUGCACCUCAGGAGUGUUAAGGAGUGAGGGAGGACACAAAUGUUAGCAACACUAGCAUAGGUAUGUGAGAUGUAGUGCCGCCAUUACAGUCAUAUUUUUCCCAGCAACAUCAUGCUAGGUUAGCCUAUUCACUCAAGAAUAACAAACUGAUGAAAAAUCCCAUGUUCGCAGCUCUCUAAUGGAUAGUUGGCAGAGAUCUAGGAUUUAUUUUAAGAUGUGUAGUGAAGGCUGCUUUUGGUGGGCGUGUACACAGGGCGGGCUACUCUAACAAGGGUCAGGUCAGGUGGUAUCAUGUCCAUGAAGGAGAUUUUCUUUUAUGAUGUCAUGAAAAAUUCAAAAGCUCUUGUUUGGGUGCCUUCUUCUCUCAAAGAUGGAGUAAACAAGUGAGGGAGAUGAAAGAUUCUCACAUUUGGUGUUCAGAAACAGGCUCUAGGGUCACAUAUUACUGUUAUAACGUCAUUAAAAAAUCAAUUUUGCAUAAUAGGGGACCUUUAAAGCUUUUGUAAGUUUGGUUCCAUAAUAGUUUUAGGCAAAAACAAAACAUUACACAGAAGGACAACAGUGGCCUCUAUUAUCGACAAAACCUUCCAUGAAUCCAGAGAGGCCAUUUAAUCCACCCACAGUCAGGGUGGCUUUGGUAGAAUAGCAGAGAACUACUGCACAGGGACAUUUAAAUAUUGUCAAGAUUUUGUGAGGUUAAAAAUGAAAGCAAAGUGGAAAAUCUGACUAUAUUUAUUUAAUCUCUCUUUUAAAAGUGGAAGUGUAGAAGCUGGCAUCUUCAAAGUCUGACUUUUGGAACUAGUUGAAUGCAUAAUUUCACACAAAAGGACAAGGCUUGGGAGUCUGUAUGGCCUCCAUGUGGUCAUAUGCGGCCACAGUUGCACAAUGGUAAAAAAUAAGCUCACAUUUAAGUUUUGCAGUUUACUGAUUAUGGUUACACUUGUUGCACAUUUACUGUGUGCUCACAGAUUCCGAAUUAUAGCAUGCUGGUAUAUAUUUUGUUUAGUGGUGUGUAUCACUUUAAAAACAACUAGCAGGGUGAGAGAGUCGAGGAGAGCGGCUGCAUUUCCUUAGUGAGAAUGUUUGUUUUUUUGGCGAUUCAGACGAAGUGAGGCAUGAGUGUUUCAGCAGGAGAGAUUAAGGCAAGGAAGAAGAGGAGGUCACCAGGGACCAUUAGCUGUGUGGGACUGGGACAGCAGGACCUGCAGGAUUUGACCUUGAGGAAGCAUCCCAGAGAGACAGGCAGGACAGGGCAGCCAUUUCUGGCUAAUGUCCAAAAAUGAACCGAUUAUUUUAUCUAAGUGGUCUCAGGAGGAAAUUAAAGGCUGAUCAUAGGCGCUCAUUUCUGGAGUCUUGGGGGAUGCUAACUUGAAAUGGUUCAUCUGGGCACUUAAGGUCUUAAGAGAGUGUGUCAGCUUCAGGAAGUAGUCUUUACCAUCCAGUCAUGGAGGCUCUGUGGUCAAGCAUAGAUGAUUCAGUCUGUACCCAGCAGCAGAGUCUUCUAUGGACUCUCACUUCCACAGCUUUUCGACGUCUCGGUGUGCAUGCCAGGAGCUUUCACGGUCCUCUGAAACUUUUACACACUCACGGGUGUGUUUCAAGGCCACUGUACCAGAUGACAGAGGGGAGGCGAUGUCAAGUCCAUCUCCUGGACGACAGGAAGUUGGAGCUUCUCGUGCAGCCUAAGUUGAUGGCUAAGGACCUCCUGGACCUGGUGGCCUCACACUUCAACCUCAAGGAGAAGGAAUACUUUGGAAUUGCAUACACAGAUGAAACGGGCCAUUUUAGCUGGCUGCAGCUGGACCGCAGAGUAUUAGAACAUGAAUUCCCCAAGAAAUCUGGGCCCAUUGUCCUCUACUUCUGUGUCAGGUUCUACAUAGAGAGUAUAUCAUACUUGAAGGACAAUGCCACUAUCGAGCUGUUUUUUCUCAAUGCCAAGUCCAUCAUCUACAAGGAGCUCAUCGAAGUGGACAGCGAAGUUGUCUUUGAACUGGCGUCCUACAUUCUCCAAGAGGCUAAAGGUGAUUUCACCAGUAAUGAUGCAACCAGGUCUGACCUGAAAAAGCUGCCUGCUCUGCCCACCCAGGCCCUCAAGGAGCACCCAUCCCUGGCCUACUGUGAGGAGCGGGUCAUCGAACACUACAAGAAGCUCAACGGGCAGUCCAGAGGGCAAGCCAUUGUAAACUACAUGAGCAUUGUAGAGUCCCUGCCCACAUAUGGAGUACAUUACUAUGCUGUAAAGGAUAAGCAGGGAAUUCCCUGGUGGCUGGGCCUGAGCUAUAAAGGCAUCUUUCAGUAUGACCAUCAGGACAAAGUUAAGCCCAGAAAGGUGUUCCAAUGGCGUCAACUGGAGAACCUGUACUUCAGAGAGAAGAAGUUCUCAGUGGAAGUUCAUGACCCCAGGAGUAGGGCGUCUGUGACACGGAGGACGUUUGGUCAUAGUGGCAUUGCUGUGCACACUUGGUACGCCUGUCCAGCCCUCAUCAAGUCCAUCUGGGCCAUGGCCAUAAGCCAACACCAGUUCUAUCUGGACCGCAAGCAGAGCAAGUCAAAGAUCCAUGCAGCACGCAGUCUGAGUGAGAUUGCCAUCGACCUCACUGAAACCGGAACACUGAAAACCUCCAAAUUGGCCAACAUGGGCAGCAAAGGCAAGAUUAUCAGCGGGAGCAGUGGCAGUCUGCUCUCCUCAGCAGGCUCUCAGGAAUCAGACAGCUCCCAAACAGCCAAGAAGGACAUGCUGGCAGCACUGAGGGCCCGGCAGGAAGCUCUGGAGGAAACCCUGAAGCAGCGACUAGAGGAACUCAAGAGCAUCUGCAUCAGAGAGGCUGAACUGACAGGAAAACUUCCCAAGGAAUAUCCUCUAGAUCCAGGAGAGGAACCUCCUACAGUGAGGCGGAAGAUAGGUACCGCCUUCAAGCUGGAUGAGCAGAAAAUUCUUCCUAAGGGAGAGGAAGAGGAGCUAGAGCGCUUGGAGCGGGAAUUCGCCAUUCAGUCCCAGAUUACCGAAGCAGCCAGGCGCCUUGCCAGUGAUCCUCACGUGAGCAGCAAGAAGCUGAAGAAGCAGAGGAAGACAUCUUAUCUGAACGCACUGAAGAAACUUCAGGAAAUUGAGAACUCUAUAAAUGAAUACCGGGUUCGCUCUGGCAAAAAGCCAACACAGAGGGCAUCGCUUAUAAUAGAAGAGGCCAACAUUGGCUCAGAAGACAGUUCACUGUCUGACGCUCUGGUCCUGGAUGAUGAUGAUCCUCAAGUUAUCGGUACCCCCAACUUCUCCCCGAUCGCUUCGCCUCACAAAGGCCUUCCUCCACGGCCGCCAUCCCACAGUCGUCCCCCACCGCCACAAUCCCUGGAUGGGCUGCGGCAUCUGCACUAUGCACGCACAGAUUACGAUAAAUCGCCAAUUAAACCUAAAAUGUGGAGCGAGUCGUCUCUGGAUGAGCCUUAUGAAAAAGUCAAGAAGCGCUCCUCUCAUUCCAGUCACAGACGAUUUCCAAGCUCUGGCAGCACAGAAGCAGGAGGUAGUAACUCUCUGCAGAGCAGCCCCAUCAGGAGCCUCCCUCAAUGGAACUCUCAGUCCAGUAUGCCGUCCACCCCAGACUUAAGGACCAGGACACCACACUAUGUACAUUCCACUAGGUCAGUGGACAUCAGUCCCACACGUCUGCACAGUCUCGCUCAGCACUUUAGGAACCGCAGCUCCAGCCUGGAGUCCCAAGGCAAGCUCUUGACAUCAAACACUGACACACACCCGCACACCCUCGGCACGCUAGGCAGCCCUGACUUUUUCUUGGGCCCGGCACGGAGCUCUAAUGGCUCCGAUCCGUUGGACGAUUGCUCCUCCUGCACCAGCCAGAGCAGUUCGGAGCAUUUCUACCCCGCAGGGGGGCCCUUAGCCCCCAGCACCAAUCCCAACUACUCCACCCUCGGUGAGGACUCGCCCUCCAAAGCUAGGCAGAGACAGCGGCAGAGGCACAGGUCUGCAGGUCAUCUGGGCUCCUCUAACUCCGGCUCCAUGCCAAACUUGGCAGCCAAGAACGGCUCUGUCGGAGGAUCAGGUGGAGGCGGCGUCGGAGGAGGACACCACGGAGUCUACCUCCACAGCCAGAGCCAGCCGUCCUCCCAGUACCGUAUCAAAGAGUACCCACUGUACGUGGAGGGGAGCCCCAACCAGGUGGUCGUACGCAGCCUGGAGAGUGACCAAGAGGGCCACUACAGUGUCAAGGCCCAGUUCAAGACCUCCAGCUCCUACACGGCUGGGGGACUGUACAAGGAGGCGUGGGGAGGAGAGGAGGGCGGGGAAGGGAGUGGCCGAUUAACGCCGUCCCGCUCGCAGAUUGUACGGACUCCAUCAUUGGGGCGUGAGGGGAGCGGAGGAGGAGGAGGGGGCCGGGCAGCGGUGUCUGAAGAGCUGCGCUGCUGGUACCAGAGGUCAUCCGGGAGCCUAAAGGAGAGGAAUCACUCCCAUUCAGGAUCCACGUCAUCCGAAACAGGGUCACAGCAAGGCACGCUUGGACAUGGGCGGGUCAGUCGGGUAGGGACACUCGCCAAGGGCUCACCAGUUGCAUCCCCACACAGCCAGAGGAGUAUGACGCCAUCUAGUGAGCAGGCAGCCACACCCACUCCCCCCUGCAGUCCACAGCACAUCCUCAACUGGCAGAGCGGAGGCACAGCAGACAGCUCUCCUACUGAAGACGUCUGUCAGUCUCCUCUUCAGCAUGGCUCUGGUGUCUAGAGGUCCUUCAGUGACAGCUGUUUCCUAGGCAGCCCCUCGUGUUCGGAGCUGGCAGAUGUGCAGUGGUACAGACGCGACAAGGCCAAACCUGGAACCCUGGUGUGAGACCUUCAGAAAAAGGGCCCCCUUGGAGAAGUCCCGGUAUUAAUGAAACCUUCCCUCCACCGCGUCCUGCUCACAACAACCAAGAACCUCAUCGCUAAAGCCUGACACAUAUCCAUCCCGAAUCAUUCCCCCACUUGGGAUCAAGCGACGGCGCGUAGUAGAUGUGGAAAGAGAGCACAGUCAUCCACUCCCUAAGAUCACUUUCAUAUUUGUCCUUCUUAUAAACUCCAAUCCACUCGAGGAUUCCUGCUGGUUUUGAGCCACCAGUUUAAAAACAAAAACAUUGAACUCUAUUGGGUUAAUUUUUCCCUGCGUAUUUAUUACAAAUUGAAAAUAAAAAAAGAGAUUCCUCCUCCCAGUUUUAACCCACAACCAAAGACUGGAUUCGCAGAUCGGGCCAGGGUUCCCUUGCAGAAACGUGAUGGAUGGAACACGAUCUGGACUAUAGCAAUAAAACUGUUGGAAUUGUGUGGUGAUGAGGUGGACAAUGUCGUGAGUCGUGCUUGUCGGGUUUGGGCGUCUAUCUCUGCUUACUUUUAGUGACUUCACUGGUGAUGGGUUCAUGUCUUGAGCCUUUCAUCCAGUCCCUGCAGAACUGAGAGACGAGAGCAUUCAGUCCAUUCUAGUCCGGCCUCAGUAUUGGAUCCAUCUUUUUGACAGUACUGUUUCUCCUUCCUUGGCUAUGCUACACUCUGACCCCUUUUCCACUGUGACUGGUUCGAAGCUGGUUUAAAGUACAUUUUCAGAGCUUUUGUUUUCCAUUAUGGUUCUACAGGAAUGCUGACCUGGCACUGUAUAUUUUGGUUCAACUCUGGCUCCAAAGGUUUGUUGGGCUGAGUGCUGAACCAUUUGCAUAAUGAUGUGGCAGAGGUGUUACUUCAAGUAAAUACCUGCCCGUUACCCCCAUUUCAACUUCAUUUACUCAUUUCUUGUAAAUAUUAGAGCCCAAGCAGAGUUUAAUUUAGUCAGCAAAUGCCGGAAUUUUACCCUCCUAUUACUUAAAUGUCUGACGUCCCGUCAAUGCAAUGAAUGAUCUGGAGGAUUAUUAAAAGUCUUUGCACAUUUCUGAAUAUUAACUUGCUGUUUUGAAGGAGUGUGUUUCCACCACAUACACACUACAAAUAUGAACAUACAAGUCACCAUCUAAGGUUAUUCCUUUAAGUCACACUCAUAUUACAUUUAGAUUGUUUUUUUAUGGUUAUUUCUCAGGGUCUUGUUGACAAGUGAGUGAAGGAUGGAACGUGAGAUUAACAGGCGAAUUGGUGCGGCAUCUGCAGUGAUGUGGACUCUGCAUCGGUCCGUUGUGGUUGUGGCAAAGCUCUCAAUUUACCGGUCGAUCUACGUUCUUGCACUCACCUAUGGUCAUAAGCUUUGGGUAGUGACCGAAAGGACAAGAUCGCGGGUACAGGCGGCCGACAUGAGUUUUCUCCGUAGGGUGGCUGGGCUCUCCCUUAGCGUUAAGGUGACAAACACUGUCAUCCGGGAGAAGCUCGGAGUAGAACCACUACUCCUCUGCAUUGGGAGGAGCCAGGUGAGGUGGCCUCACUGGGGAGGUGUUCAGGUCACAUCCAACCGAUAGGCCUCAGGGAAGACCCGGGACACUUUGGAGAGACCAUGUCUCUCAACUGGCCUGGGAACGCCUCGGGAGGAGCUGGACGAAGUGGCUGGGGAGAGGGAAGUCUGGGCUUCCCUGCUUAGGCUACUGCCUAAGAUGGAUGGAUGGAUGGAUGGAUGGUUAUUUCUAGCAUACAAUCGUGCAUUGGUCAUGGAGAAAAGUAUUUUAUUUUGGAGAGCAGGAAGUGUUUCAUUUCAGUGACAGAGCUGUGUUUGCUCACUGCUUGAUGGGAAUGUUCAAGAAGAAAUACUGUAGUUCUUUACUUGAAUAUUACACAAAAUAAUGCGCUGAUCUCCCUUUUGUUAUUUCCUGAUGGGAGGCGUAGCCAUUGUGACGUAAUGACAUGGCUCCCCAGGACAACGGAAAAUGAAUCUGCGUAGAGCCUGUUCACGGCCAACACUGGUUCAGCUCCAGCUCUGACCUAAAUCUGCACCAGCACCAAAGUUCGCUGCAGUGGAAAAGGGGUAUCUGUGGACAAAAGUAUUGGGACACAUGGCUAUUAGAGUUGGUCCCCUUUGGAUUAGCAAACGCUUCACUAAAUUGUCCAAAAUGUGUUGGUAACAGGAAGGCAUUGGCAGUAAGGGGGAUCCAACCCAGGAGCAGCUGAUCUACAACAAAAGUCAACAAUGUGAACCACGACCUAACCCAAAAAGAAUGCAUGUCCCAGUACUAGUGUCCAUAUAGUGUAGUUCCCAGCACCCUUAAGUAGUCAUUGUCUGUACAGUAUGGCAAGAUGACACACACACACACAUACACACAGACAGAUAACACUUGUAUACAUGGGUGCUAUUUUUUUUUUUUUUUUUUUUUUUGGAGUGCCAAACAAACUUGGUGCUUUUAUAUUUCUACUGAAGCCCACACAUUUACAGUCGACAUCAGCAAGGCAAGAUCAGCCGUAAAUAGUCAUGUUCGUGUCAUGUUGGCACCAGAAAUACAAAAGCACAAUAUCCAUGCAAAACCACACACACAAGGUGUCACACGCCAUUCACUCCAGAGAAAAGCCAUAAGCGAGUGAUCCUAACAGGGUUAGAAAAGCACACCUGCUUUUGUGUGAAGGAAGGAAGCAGGACCUCUUGGAACUUGUACAUGAACGCGCACAAAUAGGAAAUAACAGAUCUCACAAAGGUGGAAAUGGCGUUCUUUUUCAGUGUUUCCAUCCAUCCAUGCACGAUUAGGUUCCCAAUUGAAUGAUUCUGCUUGUGGCCUGAGUGCAUUCAAAAAGUGUUGUAAACUCACAACCCGGCUCCUCCACCCUCCUACCUGCGCAUGUUCCAGUGAAGAAGAAAGAUCUUCCAUUCACGUUAGUGUUGCCCCUAAUUAUUAACGCCCCCUAUUGGUGACUUCGUGGAAAUAUUUUGGAGCCCAGUGUGGUGAAGUGCAACACCCCCUUUCCCCAUCUCUUGUCUCCAUGGAAGAGAAUUGUAACUUUUUAUCAGCCUUUUCCUGUAUGCCUAAAGGGACUUUACAUUGUUUUAACAUUCACCUGCAUUCUUUUAACACUUUCACGUUCGAUAUUGGGAUUUUUUUUCCAGCUUUUUGACAUUGUAACAACCCCUUCCGGUGCUACACAGUCGACCCGACCUCUUUUGCAUUGUUAAAACCAAUAGAUUCUUAACAAGACAAGAAGCUUAUUUUAACAGACAAGAUGAAUAGUGACGCACUCCCCUUAUAGCAGACAAUAGAGCAUGUAACUUGUUCUCUUCAACCGUUAACAUCAAUACAUUUAAUGUGCUGUAGGUAAAAAAAUGUGGAAUUGAUGAUACAAAAAAAUAACUGAAUUCCACAGUUAAUUUAUUCUUUUCUAUUAAAAAUUUGUAUAGUAACUUUACAUUUUUCAAAACCCUGUCAUUGGAAACUGAUGAUGACAUUUUUUCAGAGACGCUGUGGUGGUUCUUGAGAUUAAGAAAAUAAAUUAUUGAUGAAUGUUUGCAAGACUUCUGUGCUUUUUGUCUAAUGUAACACAAGAACCCACUAUGGAUUUUAAAAGGUAUCAUCAGAACACAAAUGUUGACUGAAUGUUAAUGCACUCUCUGAUUUUAAAUUCUUUGUUCGUUCCUGGUGCAAGAGCCCUACUGUUUUUUCCCUUUCAUUAUAGUGCAAGACACCCCUUUUUUGUGAAUGGAGCCAAGGUCAUGUGGGUGUGUGAUGCUAAAGCAAUGUUUCUGGCUUUGUGGUCAUGUAGGGCCGUGAUCCCCAACUCCAACGCACAGGAAAAAAAACAAUUUUCCUUGAUGUUUUAUUUUGAAAAGUGGCCGGAUUCUCUGUUACAUCCGGCUCACUUGACGCAUGCUCAUUAUGCGUGUGCUAACUUUCUGUCACCGCACAGAUAUACUACUACUGUAUUUUUAGCAUUUUUAUUUCACCUCAUAUAUGGUCUGAAAUGCUGAUACUAUGUGGGAAUGCAUAAAGGUAAGUUUUGAUGACUUAAUUGAGUGCUAAUGUGCAAAUUUGUCUCAAGUUAAUUCAUGUUAGCACACUGCCUUUUACCACACAUGUCAAACAGCGAUGUAAUAAUGAUGGGUCGGCAUUCAGAUGUUGUUCACGUCUUCGUUUUACACAAUACAUACGAUAAAUUAGAUCGCUAUAAUGUACGAACCCCGGUCCGUGGGAGAUUUGUGGGAACUCAAGCCGGUCCGUGGGUCAAAAAAGGUUAGGGACCACUGAUGUAGGGUGAUUCAUGCGUCUUGUAUCACGUCUUCCUUUCCUGUGGACACACUUCGUCUUGACAACCUGACUUGAAUCACUUCCGCCAGCCCUCACCCCAUAGAGGAUUUCCUGUAUUGGAAAAAAGGAUAUGAUGGUCCUCAAACAUGCAAUGUAUGAGUCAGCAGCAGCUGCAUGUCAGGAGCUUAAUAUACUUAAUAGAACAGCUGCACAUGGCAGACCAUCAUUGUGACAUAGCUUGAAUUACCACACACAGAACAGGAGAAGCUGUC